GAAGGCAGUCUGGAUAGAGAAUCUGUCAGGCUCCUGACUUUAGCAAUCGGCUGCUUGUGUGUGUACACAUUAGGGCAGCCUGUGCUCUGCCUGCUGCUACCUGCUCAUUGUCCUCAGUGGCUGACAGUAGGGAAUGACAGUUGGGAAUGCUGUGGAGUGCAGUCAGUGCCACUAUAUUCCAGGAUACAAUACACGCUCCCUGCCUUUUCUUAUAUACACUGGUGAUCAUUGACUUCUGCCCCUUCUGCUGAGAUUCCCCUCAUCACUCAGACUGGUUUCUAAGGGGAAGGGAUCAAAAGGCAGCAAAAAUUAAUCUUCAAUUAUAGGACUGGCAUUGUCGGAUCUCCGCUUAUCUGUUGCUAGCCCCUGUAUUCAAGCAUGAUCCUAAAGGGGGUCUCCCAGAUCCUUCUCUUUACCAGCUGUUGGCUCUCGCUCAUCACCGCCAAAGGUGAUGUGUGUGACCCAAACCCGUGUGAAAAUGGGGGAAUCUGUUUGUCAAGCUUAUCUGAUGAGUCCUUUUCAUAUGUCGAAGUAGAGAACUCCACAACAGUAGGGCCCUGCCAUCCAAACCCUUGUCAUAAUGGUGGAAUAUGUGAGAUCAGUGAAGCUUAUCGAGGAGAUACCUUCAUUGGAUAUGUUUGUAAAUGUUCCCAUGGUUUCAAUGGAAUUCACUGCCAACAUAAUGUCAAUGAAUGUGAGGCCGAGCCUUGCAAGAAUGGAGGCAUAUGCACAGAUCUUGUUGCCAACUACUCAUGUGAAUGCCCUGGGGAAUACAUGGGAAGGAAUUGCCAAUACAGAUGUUCUGGACCUCUUGGUAUGGAAGGCGGAAUUAUAUCAAACCAACAGAUAACAGCAUCCUCAACUCAUCGAGCUCUAUUUGGGCUACAAAAAUGGUACCCAUAUUUUGCACGACUAAACAAAAAAGGUCUCGUGAAUGCUUGGACGUCAGCAGAAAAUGAUCGCUGGCCCUGGAUCCAGAUAAACUUACAAAAGAAAAUGCGGGUCACUGGUGUAAUUACUCAAGGUGCAAAACGUAUUGGCAGCCCGGAAUACAUAAAAUCGUACAAAAUUGCAUAUAGUGAUGAUGGAAAAUCCUGGUCGACAUAUAAAGUGAAAAGGACCUCGGAGGAUAUGAUUUUUCGAGGGAACGUGGACAACAACACCCCAUAUGCCAAUUCCUUUACUCCUCCAAUCGAAGCUCAGUAUAUACGGCUCUAUCCGCAGGUAUGCAGGCGGCAUUGCACUCUGAGAAUGGAGCUACUUGGAUGUGAAUUAUCGGGCUGCUCUGAACCCCUUGGAAUGAAAUCUGGACACAUACAGGAUCACCAAGUAACAGCGUCUAGUGUUUUCAGAACACUGAACAUGGAUAUGUUUGCCUGGGAACCAAGGAAGGCCCGAUUAGACAGGCAAGGGAAAGUAAAUGCCUGGACAUCUGGAAAGAGUGACCAGUCGCAAUGGCUACAGGUGGAUCUGCUUCGUCCUGCAAAAGUGACCGGAAUAAUAACACAAGGAGCUAAAGAUUUUGGCCAUGUGCAGUUUGUGGGUUCCUAUAAAAUUGCUUAUAGUAACAAUGGAGAACACUGGGCUGUGUAUCAGGAUGGAAAACAAAGGAAAGACAAGGUUUUUCAAGGUAAUUUUGACAAUGACACUCACAGAAAGAAUGUAAUGGAUCCACCAAUCUAUGCAAGAUAUAUCAGGAUCCUCCCUUGGUCAUGGUACGGACGAAUCACUUUAAGAGCUGAGUUGUUGGGUUGCACUGAAGAGAACUGAAAAAAUGUAAACAUUUCGCAACUCAGAACACAAUUUCGGAUUAACAAAGAAAAAAAACUGUUCAAAAUCGGGAGAAAACUCAUUUUUGUUUCAUUGAACAAGUGCUCGCUCUCUGGUAGGCUGGUAACUGUUUUGCAAGGUAGUCUGGGCCUGCUCUUGAAAUGAUCCCCUCUCUAGCCAUCUGUCCAACAAAUACCUUUAUAAUAAAAUGUUUUCAUUUUCUUCUACGUUGUUCACACUGGUUGAAAUAUAUUUGGGAAGAGAGGCAGCAUCCUAUUUUAAUGCCCCCCUCCUGUUUUUAAUCUCUACAAGCAAGGAAAUGCAAUUAUGUGGAUUUUGUCUCUCAGCUAACAAAGUCAUACUCUGAAAAAUUGUUUGCAUCUUCACAUUAUGCCCUUAGUUAAAAGAAGGGAUGUUGCAGCUUUAGCAAUAAGUUUUCUCUGGGAUGACUGCAUUAUCCUAAUUGCUUCCCUUGUGCCUAUCAAAAUCUUAUUAAUAUUUGCAUCUCAGAUUCUAAAAAUCCAUUUGAUUUUCACCUGUGCAAUUAGAAACAUUUAUUAAGAGCUUUGCCUUCUCAUUUCGAUUGUGCAUGUACUUGAGGCAUGUUAUUUCUCAUGUUUAAAUACAUUUCCUUCCUUGUUGGCUUCAAAAAAUCAAGGCAGAGCAGAAAUUGUUUUCUGCAUGUUCUAAAUCAAACAUAAAGACCUAUCUUUUUAUUUAGAAAAAAAAACCCACUGAUUUCGUCAUUGUACAUUAACACAUUUUGACUUUCUAAAGUUAUAAGUUAUUAUAAAGUUAUUUUAAAGUUAAAAUAAUCCUUGUUUAAAAAAUAUUUUUAUUUUUUUUUAGUUUUUGUUGAAAUGAUUUGGGGUUUUACAGCAUGGGGGAAAUAAAAGAACUGUCGGUUUGUAAUACACAAUCUUCCAGUCCAUGUUGGUGUCAAUCAGUUGUUUAUUUAAUUAAAAAUUUUAGUUUUUUUUUUAUUUAUAGAAAUAAAAAACAAUGGAAAAAAAAUUAAGAUUUGGUAUAUCAAAACUUAUAUUGUAAUUCCUAGUUGUGGAUCCGCCUGUGUGUUUGUUUCUAAAAGAGCUGGCAACAGUUAGUGAUAUGAAUUGUGAUAAUAUAGUCUAUGAAACCUUUGGGUAGCCUCUAAUAAUGAAGUGCAAGUGUUAUAAUGCAGGUACUAACAGUAUUCCAUGUAAUUAGAUCAGCUCAGAACUCAAAGGCAAAUCACGUUUUUAGUCCUAUAUGUAUCAAGUAUCAAAUCUACAGGACAAACUGUUUGAAAUCUGGUGCUGUUGUUUGUAAUGGAGUCCCUACUGUGUUGUCCUUAUUCUUAUGGUCUCAGAUCUACUCACAUGAACUGCUUCAAACAUGACAUGGAAACUCUCUCGCAUAAGUUCUCAUUUGUUUUAAUUGUGCUGCAUAUUGAAUGCCAUGAAAUGGCCUAUGUCCUGUUCAUCUGUAUAAUGUUUCUCAAAGGUAAAAUGUUCUGUGUGAUGUUGCAUUCAACCUUGGUGAACAAUAUUAAAGAGAAAGUCAAACAUCGUGACAAUGAAAUGACAAACAUUAUUUCUAUCACUUUAUAUAAAGCUAAAACCGCCCCAAAUGUGCACUUUAGAUUCUUUUAAGUAAAUGUUGGUUUGCAAUGUUUCAGUUAAGAAAUAAUCAGCCUCCUGUACAAUAACCCUCAGUUCCACCUCAACUGUUGGUGACACUGAAAGUCGUAGAACAUUAACAGCUGUAGCGGCAGAGGUUGCUUUUUUUUUUUUAAAUGUUAAUAUUUUAUUAUUUUGCACAGGCUAUAUGUAUGCGCUGUUUUGAUCUUAAAUAACUAAUAUUUUGCCAUUUUAUGUAUAAUGUACUAUGCAUUUUACAAUUGUCUCUGCUUUAUUUCUUUUAGAAGGGGAAUGUGUUCAAUCCGUGCAUCUGUAGGAAUUCAUUUCUUUGUAGUGAUGUUUUCAGAUCAAGAUUGCAAAUAUUUACAAAUUAAAACAACAAAAAAAAAAGUCCAGAGUGUAUUCCUAAAUGUCCAGGUUUAAAGUUUCUCUUUUACUGACAGCCAAUUAUUUUUGUACUUUAUAUAAUCAAGAUAAAUGAUUAGAUAUGUUUUAAUAAGAAAACCAGGUCCUUUAAGGUACACCUUGGUGUUACAAACAACACUCAUCAUACAAACCCAUGUACAAAUGUAAUAUCUUCAUAACCUAUUGUAUAAUACUGGAUAUUUUGUGUGAUUUCUUUAGAAGGCCAUCUAAACAUUAAAAUUGCUGCACAUUAAAAUUGAUCUUUUGUUCCAUUCUGCCAAUACGAAUAACAUACAAUGUCGUUAUUACAUGGCCUCCAGAUCUUUCCUUUAAUGAAACACAGCUCUAGAAAUUGCAUGUUCCAGAACUAUGUCCACCAAAAGGAGAAGUCUUAUAACCAUAAAGAACAAUAUUUACAAAUGUUAAGCCCUGCUAUUAAGGAUAGUUUAAUGCCUUUUUUCUACAUCCAUCAUUUGGUUGUCAGAUGAAUUAAUGUUAAAUUUGUUCAUGUUGUCAUAUUUCAUAUUUAGUGGGUGUGGGUGUAUUUCCAUAAAUCAAUGAUGCCAUAUAUACACCUAAAAUAUGCCACCCUGUUUUUCUUAAUUUAUAUAUUAUUUAUGUCUUUGACCCCCACCAAGGGUUUACCACUCACUAUAGCAGUUGUUUAUAACUCCCAGUCUCAGUAUAUCCUCAUAUGAGGAGAUGUAGACCAGUCAUGAUGGCUUCUUCAUCUGUUCAUCUAAGGAGAUCCUUAAUAGCUGGGAAUCCUUGAGGAACGUAUCUGGCAUCCUCAACAUAAAUCUAUUAAGGGCUUGUCACAGAAACUGUUUCUAGUUUUAUGUUGACUUUCUCUUUCGAUAUGACUACUUGAUCUUUGAAGAUAAUUGAACAUGCUAAAUAUAAGGCAAAUGAUAGGUUUAAGACAUAUCAAUAUGGAAAUAAUACACAGUGACCUUUGAAAUCUUUCAACCAGUAUACUAUUGAGAUGUUUUGUAAAUAUCAAACACAUGUAGGUUGAUGUAAAGUCAGUAUGACCUUGUCGAGUCUUUAUGCUUACAAUAAACUUUUGAAAAACUAGGAUAAUUUUU